AUGAAUGCCCUGCAGAUGUAUACUGCCCCCGUGGAUGGGGAUAGGCCUGUGGAUGCGAAUGAUGAUCGCCCGAAGAAACGCCGCAAAUACAUCGCCAAAGCUUGCAAUGAAUGUAAGCGUCGCAAGAUCAAAUGUAAUGGCCAAUCACCCUGUCAGCGCUGCGGACGCCAGCAUAUAGAAUGCGUUUACGUUGAGAACACACAUCGCGACAGUCACGGUGAACAGGAAAAUUUCGAGCGACUAUUUGACCAGAUGAGGGCUAUGCAGGAUCAGAUCACCCUGCUGUCUGCUAGUGUCCGGUCAAUAGCCCGCAGUGAAUACCAUUCUCCCGUCGGGAUUUCCACCGCAGGCACCUAUGGAUUGAUAUCCACCCAACGGUCACUAAGGCGCGCGUCAACAGCAAAGGAGGCGCCAUUCCAAGGCCCAACCACGUCCGCCUUCAGUUUUGACCUCGCUAAAUCAAGCUUGCAGGAACGUGGGAUUGUGGAACGGGUGGAAACUGGCGACGAGGGUGAUAUGACCCGAGAGCCUUCACCGUUGGCAUCGCCAUCGGCACCAAUGGUGGAACCUGAAAUGCGCCGGACGGUUGAUCCACUAUGGUCUCUUUCCAAAACAGAGGCGCUCCGCCUUUGCCGUGUCUAUGAGGAGGAAAUGGGAAUUAUGUACCCGAUCCUGGAACUUCCAGAGCUCUUGGAGCACGUACACCUACUCUACGGCCCCACGGAUCGCGUGGUUGGACCCUUUGUUCAGCACGAUGGGCAUAACGGACUUGCCCAUGAAGAUGUCUUCAUUCUGCGUAUUGUAUUUGCGUGUGCGUUGACCGCAGAGGCCAGUGGUCGUAGUGAACAAGCCAUCGCACUCUUCGACAGUGUGCGGGAGGUCCAGGACAAUUGCGUCUGGGGUCCGCCGGAAAUUCAAAACAUCAUAUUUUUGACUCUCGUGUCGAUUUUCUAUUUUCAAACGGACGAGGAAACUUUGGCAUGGCGCACCGUUGGUAUUGUUGAGCGCAUGUGUCUCGAGAAGGGUCUUCACCGACGAGAAUCUUUGAAUCAGCCAACCAUCAUCGCAGCAGGGAAGGAUCGCGUCCUUCGACUUUUCUGGUGUAUCUAUAUUCUGGACAUGCGCUGGAGCUUUGGAACUGGAAUGCCAUUUGCCCUGGAAGAUACCGAUAUCGACCCUUGGCUGCCAGAACCUGCCGAAAAGACCCCCUACCUGCGAGUGAUGAUCCGGUAUAGCCGAAUAGCGGGAAAAGUGUGGAAAUUCAUCUCAGCGUUCAAUAAUACGAACGAAAUUAAGAAGGAAGAGAUGAACUAUCUGGACUGGCAAGUGCUGCGUUGGGUGCAUGCCAUUCCCGACUCGUUGCGACUCGAUCAUCCGACUGCCACAGAGUGUGAGCCAGCGACGGAUGGCCCACGAAGCCUGCGCAGACUGCGUGCUCUUCUCUACCUCCGUGCUAAUCAACUACGUAUGCUCAUUCAUCGACCUGUCCUCCACACUUCGGCACAUGUUACGCGGUAUCCCGGCGAGUCCGAGACCGUGGUGGAGAUUGCUAAAGAUACAAUUCGUUUCAUUACCAACCUGAACGAUACAUCAGACAUCUAUCAGUUACAACAAGUUGCAUUCAAUUGGUUCCUCGUUUCGGCCCUUGCAGCUCUAUUCCUUGCAGUGGCGCAGGCUCCUUCGCAAUUCAGUGGAUCAUGCAAAGAAGAAUUCUACCGGGCACUGCAGCUUGUCAAAGGGUUUUCGGCCCAGUCAUACAUCUCUCGGCGAUUGUGGAAAUCUAUUCGAACCCUCCGUAAACUUGGUCCUCAACUGGGCCUGGGCAUUCAGAAAAAGCGUGUGAAUGAUCAAGCCGGAGAGGAGGGUGACCAGCCAAAUGACAAUGAUACUCCUGCCUUGGCCCAGACCGCAAGCAACCAAAGUCAAACACCACAGGAUGGCGAACAGAUGACCCAGGAAUUAAUGGAGUGGUUUGAAGCAGUGGGCAAUCUAGAAGAUCAAAUCAUGGGAGUAGGGACGGGUCCAGUGGCGGAUGGAGGUCCUUACCAGCAGUUGCCCAACGGAUACUUCACGUUUGAUUAUGGGGAACAAUUGUCAAGCGUAAUGAGGGAUUUCUUUUAG